GAUGAUAUUUAAAGGUGAAGAACUUUAGUGCGCAACGCGGGGCGCGCGUCACGACAAACACACGAGCUGGAGGACUGAUAACGACAUCGCUUCCCUUAUAACUUUAAUUACGUGCACGAAUGUAAUAUUUUAUGCAUGUAGUAGAUCUGCUGAAGACUGUAGAUUGAAAGUUGUGCGUUUAGACUGUAGAUGCAUGCUCGAUAUUGCCUGUGACAGUUCCAGUAGGCAGUUGAGGUAAAAACCAUAAGCGUAUAAAUGUGAAUAACGUUACAGCUUUACGGGGUGGAAAGUCUUUUAACAUUAAGGAUAUAUAAGGACGUUUAGACAAGAAGGGCUGAUGAAAUCGCUAUAGCCAUCCUGCCGCCGAGGAGGAGGAGGAUUUUUGGAUUUGUGCCUCUUCAAGAGAAGCAAGAAGGCUGACCCGGUUUCAGCGCGUUCGAUCCGGAGGGACCUGUCCCUCGCUGAUCUAAGGACGCGAGGAAGGAGGGCACGAAACGUGUCCCCUCAUCCCCGAUCCAUCUCGCACCCUUUCGCUCCUCCGUGCGGUUCUCUUACACAUUGCUUAUUUAAGAAGAUGGAUCAUGGUGGCUCAUGGUGGGAUGCGUUUUGGAUUCCUGUAGCGGCUGCAGGAAGUCGAUCAGCUGGUCAAGGCUAAGGGCACACACGGCAGCGAGCUCGGGAGUUUGCUCCGCUGGGGUUAAAGUGUGCAGUGUGCGCUACUUCCUGCCACAGGUAGAGCUGUCACAGUGAGCUGUGUCAGAGACUUGCUGUGUCCUUGCUUCACUGCUGCGAGAGCUGCUCGGCUGGAUAUCGCAAUCUCGUGCGCACGCUGAGGAAUUCGUAUCCUGCCACCGCCAUGGAGAAGUGUUGCUCCGACUGCACAGAGCCCAGGAUGGCACAGAGCUUGUGCACCUUUUGCAACAAGUGGCUGUGUUUCCAAUGCACAGACCUACAUCAGCACGAGAGGACCUCGACUCAACCCUCUGACCUGCAGCAGCAGCAUCAGCAGCAGCAGAGAGACCCUCCGUCACCAUCCGAAAUAGGAGCCGGUUGUUGCGGGCAUGCUGUUGUCAUGUGUCCUCUCCACAAACAGGAGCCUUUGGAGCUGCUCUGUGAAACGUGCGACCUCAUGGCCUGCAGCAUCUGUCACCUGUCCACCCACAAAGACCAUCGGCUGGUACAUGUUGGAAAAGCUUUACAAGACCAGCGAUGGCUCCUGCAGAACCUCAUGGCACACGUGGAGGAGAAGAGGUCGGCCGUGGAGAGCACAGCCAAGCAGGUCCAGGGCAGGCUCCACGGUAUAAAGAUCACGCAGAGGAAGGCAGAGAACCAGAUUAAAAUGGCUAAGAUGAUUAUGACGAACGAGCUUAACAAACGGGCCAACCUAUUAAUAGAACAACUGGAGAGUAUCUCCAGCGAUUUCAAGCAACGUCUGGAGGACCAGCUGCAGGGAGCCAUAGAGCUGUGCAGUCAGCUGGAGCACGUGCAGAACUUCAUUACCUGGGCCACAGCCCACCAUAGGCGCAAUCCACUGCUAUUCAGCAAAGAGCUGAUUGCUCUUCAGAUGCAGCAGUUGUUGGAGCCAUUGAUGCUUUCAGACUCCUGGGCCCCUUUAAAAAUUAAGUUCAACUGGGAUGCCAGUUUCUGGACCAAGCAGAUGUCCACUUUAGGUCAGCUGGUUGUUGAGGGCGGAAGUCGUUCUUACACCGAGGUUGUCGGUCACCCCAGUAUCUUGCGACCUCAGCCUGUACCUUGCAUAGCCAUGCCUCCUCUGUGCCACACGGUGCGUGAACCUGGCUGCGCCUACCAGACCUUUUGCCAGCCUCAACUCUGCUGCCUUCACUGCAGACCUACCCAGUCGGUUGCUUUGGACAAGUACCCCGUAACCCUGGACAAAUACCCCGCCCAGUGUCCACAGGCCACCAGCCAGAGCUCCCCGCCAUCACUCCGCGGCUGUUGGGAAGCUGAUGCUUCUGUCCUCGUGAACCCAGGGCCUGACUCUGUCCAGCACAACAGCGAGUCACUCCCUCCUAAUUCGAAUUCGACCAUCAUUGACGGGAGAAUAUCCGAACCAGACCAGAUUUACGGCGGGAGAGGACAAACAGCUGCAUCAGGAAGUGAGGCAUCAUCAAACAGUGAUUUUCAGCAGGUCCAGGGUCAGGCUCAAGACCAGCCGACCACAGAAUCCAGCGACCAAGCCAUGGUUGAACUGCAGCCUAUGUUUGCUUGUAUAGAUGACGGCAGGAGAUCAUCGGCGUCUGAGAUGUACGCACCGGCUCAAGGCCGGGGAGAUGAUAGCCGGAGCCGUUCCGGUUCAGAGACGAGGUCCAGGUCUCGGAGCAGCCCGGUAGGACCCGGAGGAGCUCCUAAGAGGCUCUCUAAAGAUGCUCAAAGCCUGGCAACAGUGACUGGAGACCAGGGAUGCGUAACACAGCAGCAGGUAUGUCCACGGCUCACAGAAACAGAGGAUGAUGCCGAUAUCAUCCGAGGACCUCAGCGAAAUGUUCGCCGUGGAUCCUCUCUGACCACCAAGUCCGAGCCAGAAAAUGUAUAUGCAUAUGCCUACGAAAAGAAAACCAGAAAGAAAAGAAGAGUUUCGAGAGGAGAUACAGACACAAGUGACAAAGAAGCAUCUGACGGUUCCAAGGUUGCAGUUGUGUGCCUUGAGAGACUUAAGAUCUUGGUGUCACGGCAUCCACCACAGAGCCAACAAAACACAGACCUCCCAUCUGAAACUUCUGAGUCUGGACUGAAACCUGAAAGAAGAGUGCCGGAAAGAGAAGCACCUUCUGAGGGAACAUUGAGUGAGGAGUCAGGUCAGACAGGGGACAGCUUGCUGCCCACAGAGCAGCCGUCAUCAGAGCAUUUGCAUUAUGGUGGAUCAUCCAGCCCCCCUGAGGUAUCUCAGCCUGCUGUGCAUGAAUUAAGCAACACAAACCAAGAAUCUGGGCUUCUAGGCAUAUCCAGCGAUACCGUUCCUGCCCUGCAACCCGACACGGAAGAGAUUCACUCUGAUCAUGAUCCUUCAUCUGAACCCAGAUCAGUGCCAGCUUCUGAUUUUCAAGCAUACUCCACAGGAGAGCCUGAACUGGUCUCAGAUGCAGAUAUUCCGGAAUCGCAAGCAGAAUCGGAAUCGGAUAUGGCAUCCGAGCAGCCUCCCGAAUCCGUGCUCUCGACUUCCGAACAGGAAUUCGAAUCUGAUCCGGAUUCCACAGCUGAAGUGAGACUGAAUCUCGAACCGGAGUCUGAAUGGGAGGCGGAGCGGACCGUUCUCCCACCUGACACCAGCUCGGAGACGACAUCAGAUGCUGCCGUUGAACCCGAGGCCACUGUGGAGAGACCUGAAAUAGAAAACGAGGACUUCUGUGCAGUCUGUCUCAUUGGUGGAGACCUUCUGUGCUGUGACCGCUGCCCUAAAGUCUUUCACCUGUCGUGCCAUGUGCCACCACUGCGGAGUUUCCCAACAGGCGACUGGAUUUGUACCCUGUGCCGGGAUGUGGAGCAGCCAGAGGUGGAAAAUGAAUGUGAGAAUGUGCAGAUGUCCACCGGCACGGUGCCAUAUGGACUGUCGGCGUGUGACCAGAGGAAAUGUGAGAAGUUGACACUGCUGAUCCUCAGCAACAUUCUUAGCGCUCCGUUUCAUGAGCCUGUCAGCCCUCUGGCUCGUCAUUAUUAUCAGAUCAUCAAGAAGCCCAUGGAUUUGUCUGUCAUCAAGAACAGACUCAACAGAAACAGCCACACACACUAUCAAUCUCCUCAGCAGUUUGUGUCUGACGUCCUGCUGAUGUUCAAAAACUGUGCCAAGUUCAACUAUGCGGACUCAGAGGUGGCUCAGGCCGGACACAGUCUGAAGUCAUUCUUCCUCUCUAAACUAAGGGAGGUCUUCCCACAUCUGAGGUGCCCUGUGCAGGAGGAUGAGGAGGAAGAGGAGGAAUCAGACAGUGAAGAUUAUGAGGACCUGGAGAGAGCUGCGGUGACCGGAUUCCCCUGGCCGGAGAGAAAGGAGCAGAGCCACAGAAAGAGGAAGAGGAGGCACUCCCUCAACUGGAGGAGAAAUCACUACUAGUUGUGCCUCGUAUAUAUACAUGUACAGUUAAUGCAGUUAAAUCCAUCCUGGGUGACUUACAGUUUUUUUUUAAGAUUUAGGUAUUUUUCUUUUUUAAUGACUAAAUCAAUUCCUAUCACAUUAUAACCAGUUCAGAUUUAUGUGUUUUGCUGUCGCUGUGGGUAGGUGUUCACUUUAAGCCUUUUCCUAAGGUCUUGCACAAGUACAUGUGUAUUACAAUGCUUUCGCUUACAUUAAAUCAUACAUUUCGUUCGAAAGCUGACUGGUUGCUGUCAACUAGCAAAUAUAGACAGUCAAUGUUAAUUAUUAAUAUUAUAUAUUUGUUGAAUAUAGCUUCUGUUUCAUCUUCUUAUCUAAAAAUCCUACGUAUCUAGGGGUACUGUUGCCAGCUACUGUUUUACUGUGAUGAUUUUAUUGACCUGUAGAGGGAGUACUUCACAUAGCCUGAUGCAGUGCUUCCCAGUCUUGGUCCUCGAGUACCCCCUCCCAAAAUGUUUUAGAUGUCUGCUUAUUUAAAA